GGGAAGACGCCGACGCUACCCCCGGAAGUGCCUCGGGUUAGAGGGAGCCGCGCGGUCCAAGGCCUUGCCGCCAUGGGCCGCAACAAGAAGAAGAAGCGAGAUGGUGCCAACCGGCGGCCUCGGCUCGUUCUCAGCUUCGACGAAGAGAAGCGGCGGGAGUACCUGACAGGCUUCCACAAGCGGAAGGUGGAGCGGAAGAAGGCAGCCAUUGAGGAGAUUAAGCAGCGACUGAAGGCAGAGCAGAAGAAGCUCCGGGAACAGCGCCACCAGGAAUACUUGAAGAUGCUGGCAGAGAGAGAGGAGGCGCUGGAGGAGGCAGAUGAGCUGGAACGGCUGGUGACGGCAAAGACGGAGUCAGUGCAGUACGACCACCCCAACCACACAGUCACUGUGACCACCAUCAGCGACCUGGACCUCUCGGGAGCCCGGCUACUUGGGCUGCCCCCACCCGAGCAAGCGGCCAGGGAUGGGUCCGAAGAGGAGGCAUCAUCCAUGGAGAAGCCAACCAGAGCCUUACCCAGGAAGUCCAAAGACCCCCUGCUCUCUCAGCGGAUCUCCUCCCUCACAGCGUCACUGCAUGCACACAGCUGCAAAAAGGCCAAGAGAAAACAUCCCCGAUGGGCCCAGGACUCCACCAAGAAGCCUCCGAGGGCCACUCGCACCAGCAAGACCCAACGCCGCCGACUGACAGGCAAAGCCCGGCAUAGCGGGGAGUGAGACCAAGAACCAAGUGGUGCCCCAGCUGGGGCUGUGAGGACCUGCCCUAUCUCAGCUUGGCUGUCCCUGCACCCAACCUGCACCAAGGUGAAGAUUGCACAACUCUGGGUUGGGAAGCCAGGCUCUCUCUGGUCUGGGACUGCCCUUGCCUGGGGCUUGAGCCCCAGCCAGAGCAGGCAGUUGGGAGCUGGCCUCCCUGGGGAGCCUUCAGAGCCAGGUUUGGGGCAUCUUCCCAAAUGCAUACACCUCCUGACACUCAUCAGAUUUUUGAAACUCA